GGAGGGGUCGGGAGACACUGUGGCCCCGUCCGACGAUACCCACGGGCUCGGCCAAACAGGCAGGAUAUAACCCCUCCCACUUUGACAAGGCACAGCCCCCACACCACUAAGGUUUGAUGCAGAGAAUCACCGUGGAGAGAGGGGAACCGAGAGGGGAACCGGCCAGACGGAGACAGCAAGUGCGAUUCGUUGCUCCAGUGCUUUUCUGUUCACAUUCGCUCCUGGGCCAGACUACACUCAGUCAUAGGACCUAUUGAAGAGAAAGGGCAAAACUCCACGGAGGCCACCCCUGAAGAAAACAUCCCACACACAAAAAGACCCAGUUGGUGUGUACUGCCGUAUCCGCCCUUUAGGAGCUACAGAUGAGGAGUGUUGUAUUGAAAUGAUCAGCAGCACCACCAUUCAGCUGCAUGCUCCUGAUGGCAUCAAAGCCAACCGCAAUGGGGAAUACAAAGAGACUCAGUACUCCUUCAAAAAAGUGUUUGGAAUUCAAACCUCCCAAAUAGAGUUGUUUGAGGAUGUUGCCAAACCACUUGUGGAUGACCUCAUUCACUGCAAGAAUGGAUUGCUUUUCACUUAUGGCGUCACAGGCAGUGGAAAGACGUUUACCAUGACAGGCUCUCCUGGAGAAGGUGGUCUCCUCCCCCGCUCUCUGGACAUGCUAUUCAACAGCAUCGGUCCAUUACAGGCCAAGAGAUUUGUGUUUAGGACAGACGACAAGAAUGGCAUGGAGAUCCAAGGUCAGGUGGACGCUCUUCUGGAGAGACAGAAGAGAGAAUCAAAUCAACAGUCCACCGUGCCCAAAACACCGUCCUCAAAGCAAAAACCUGACCCAGAGUUCGCAGACAUGAUCAGUCCAGAGGAGGCUUGCAAAUGUGAGGGAGUUGACGAGGACAGCUGCUACAGUGUCUUUGUAUCCUACAUAGAAAUAUACAAUAACUACAUCUACGAUCUGCUGGAAGACACGCCAAUAGACCCCAUACGACCCAAACCGCCUCAAUCAAAGAUUUUACGUGAGGACCAGAACCACAACAUGUAUGUGUCGGGAUGCACAGAGGUCGAGGUGAAGUCCACAGUGGAAGCCUUCGAAGUGUUUUGGCGGGGCCAAAAGAAAAGGAGGAUUGCUGAUACUCAGCUGAACCGCGAGUCCAGUCGCUCUCACAGUGUGUUCAUUGUCAAACUGGCACAAGCUCCGCUGGACGCAGAUGGAGACCACAUUCUGCAGGACAAGAACCAGGUGACUGUUAGCCAGCUGUGUCUGGUGGACCUGGCAGGGAGUGAACGCACCAGCAGGACUAAAGCAGAGGGCAGCCGCCUCCGGGAAGCAGGCAACAUCAACCAGUCCCUGAUGACCUUACGCACCUGUAUAGAAGUCCUCCGAGAGAACCAGAUGUGUGGAACAAACCGGAUGGUUCCUUACAGAGACUCUAAAGUCACUCAUCUGUUCAAGAACUAUUUUGACGGUGAAGGGAAAGUCCGCAUGGUUGUGUGUGUCAACCCUAAAGCUGACGACUAUGAAGAAACCAUGUUGGUCAUGCGCUUUGCGGAGUUGACCCAGGAGGUUGAGGUGGCGCGGCCGGUGGACAGGCCCAUUUGCAGCCUGGCGGCGGGGCGGAGACACCGGAACCAGGCCUUCAGAGACGAGUUGUCACGACGCCAGGAGGAGCGCCCUGGGGGAUCCAACAACACCGAGGAUGGCUCGGUGCUGAACCAGCUCCUGGACAGCCUGCCGGCCCUGCCUGCCUGUGAGUUGGUGGACCCCACCGAUGAGCAGAUCCUGCCCCGCCUCAUAGAGGUGCUGGAGAGGAGGCACCGCAUCCGCCAGAUGAUCACUGAGCAGUACACCAAAACUGCCAACACACUGAAAUCGAUGCUCCAGGAGUUUGAUGGCCAUCUGAUGGCCAAGGAGAACUUUAUCCAUGAACAGCGGGGUAAACUAGGGGAGAAGGACAAGAUCAUGUUCAACCAGAAGAAUGAGAUGGAUCGGCUGGAGAAGAAAUCCAAAAUGCUGGAAUACAAGAUUGACAUUCUUCAGAAGACCACCAAUAUCUAUGAGGGGGACAAGCGGUCGCUGCAGCAGGAGCUGGAGAGCCGUGAGCAGAGGCUGCAGCGGGAGCUGUCGGAGAGGAAGCGCAUGGAGGCACGCAUGCAGGGCAUGGUGUCUGACACCAAACACCAGUGGGAGAAGGAGUGUGAGCGUCGUGUGAACGCCAAGCAGCUGGAGAUGCAGAACAAGCUGUGGGUGAAGGAUGAGAAGCUGAAGCAGCUGAAGGCCAUCGUAUCAGAGAGCAACAACAGCACCACCUCAGAGCAGCAGCGUCCCCCACCACCCCCAGACAAGCCCCAGAGGAACUCCCGGGAGAAGGACCAGCCUCGCGCCCCUGAGAAGAGAUCUCGCUCGCCACUGCCCACUCCCUCCUGCUACCACCCCCAGGUCAGCACAGCUCAGUGCCACCCCCUCCCACCCUCCUCCUCUGGUAGCCUCUCAGUAGCCUCCGUCAUCUCUGAGUGGGAGCAGAGGUUCCCCAUAGGUAGGGAACCCCCCGGGACACCCGGCGCGUACGGAACAACGACCCCAUACGGAAGCAGCAGUGUGGGCCGCAGGAGAGGCCAGCGAUGGGCCCCUGAGACAGAGGCUCCGGGCCCCAGCCACACACAUGGGCUAGACCUAGAGUCAAGCUCAAGGACCACGGGGACACCGAUUGGCCCGCACCACAGACGCUCACACUCAGCGGGUGGGCAGCGAUGGGUAGAUCACAAACCACUCUCUAAUUUGGAUUUAGACACGGUCAUGCAGCCAAUCAUACCCAAUGCAAUCAAAGUGUCAGCGGCCAGCGAGAAAGCUCUGUCUAAAUGCCACAAGGAGACGUGUUCAGAACGAGAGGUGGAGGACAAGCCGUGCAGUUCACAGACAUCGAAACACUUCGACAGGAAUGCCCAACUGUUUCAAGUCGUAAGAGGAGGUCAUCGGGAGACGGGCCAGGACAACAUGAUGGGAACAAGAUGGACUGGAACGACAGAGAGAACAGGGCACCAGUGGCAAGCACAAGCUCAGCUCUUGGUCUCCAGAAUGGCUAUCAGAAACGCAGGAAGUAGGAACUGGACAGAUCCUCUUUUUCUAUGCUGGAAUUGUCUUGUGCAUUGGACUAGUGAACUUACCAUCACUUUAAACUAUGCAUCUUGUUUUUUAAAGUCAAGCUUUUUAUAGAACUGUUUUUCUAGACAAGUGAUGAUCAAGACCUGAGUUGUAUUUAAUCAUGACUGUAGCUUAAAAGGGACAUUUUCAAUUAGAUUUGUAUUAGAUGAUUUAGGGAACUUGUUCUCUUAUCACAUUGAAUAGAGUGUCAUUGUAUAGCUUACCACCUUCACCUAUGAAACUUUCCUUCACUGUUUUUUCACACCCAAAGACUAUUUGGAUGACAACAUGUAACUUUUUCUUUUUUUUCCUUCUCAGUUUCAAGGUACUUGUUGUAUAGACCUAUAUUCACACACAUAAUCUGCAGAAAAUCAAUGGUAGAAGGCUACUAGUGCAACAACCCCAAUUGUAUACUUUGCUAAAGCCUGCCGGUCAGUCUCUGACUGCAAAUACAUGUAUUUUUGAAGCAAUGUACUAUUUAAAAACUGGAAAAAAAAUAAAUCAAGAAAUGAGAAUGAUCUUUAA